GGACUUCGACGAUCUCCAUUUUGUGAGAGCUGUUGUAGCUGAGCCGACCGACGUCCCCCCCCUCCCGUGAAAAGGCAAAACCCAGAAUCGACAAAAAAAGUCAAAGUUAGCCGACGUACCGCUCGCUAACCAAGUUAUUAUCUGAAAGGAAAGCAAAUCUUAUCGUAUGUCCGCUAUCCAGAACCUCCAAACUUUUGACCCCUUUGCUGAUGCAAGUAAGGGUGAUGACCGCCUCCCAGCUGGGACAGAGGACUCCAUCCACAUAAGAAUCCAACAGCGGAACGGCAGGAAGACCCUCACCACUGUCCAGGGCAUUGCCGCCGACUAUGACAAGAAGAGGCUAGUCAAGGCCUUUAAGAAGAAGUUUGCCUGCAAUGGGACAGUGAUUGAGCACCCAGAGUAUGGUGAAGUGAUCCAGCUUCAGGGAGACCAGCGCAGGAAUAUCUGCCAGUUCCUCAAAGAUAUUCAGCUGGCCAAGGAGGAGCAGCUCAAAGUCCACGGCUUUUAGAAGCUGCUCGCAGCCCUCUCCCCUCUCUCCGGGAAGGCUAUUAAACUCACCCAUCCCCCCCUCCCCUCCUCUCUUCCCCCCUCCUCUUAUGUGCUGCUGUUGCUCUUCCUCCCCCUACGCCUCCCUUGCGACCCCACCAACUUCUAUUAGCUAACACGUGAAUUACCUCUGACAAACAUGGGACUCUGUAACACCACUGCCUCCCUACGACACCGGGGGGCAGGCUCGCUCUCUCAAAGACACACCACUGCAGCUCCACACAACAUCAGGGAUGAGUGGUGAUGACCCUCCCACAAACACUUCCUUCCUCAUCCCCUUUAUUUCCUUUUUAAUUUUUUUUUCUUUUUAGAUCUUGUGCUGCAAUAAUGCACCAUUUCAUGUAACGUUUUUGUUUUGUACUUCAAGGUGUUUCAAUAAACAAUGAGUCUCCAUGUA